GUAUUUCCAUCACAAGCACACUUACAUAUUAAGUUACUUAAGAGGACAUGACCGCGCUUGCAAAUUCGAGCUUUUUGCUCGAUUGACUUGGGACUGCGAUAUUUUCACCUUAGUGUAGUGCUGACGGCGCGCUGUGCAGCAUAAACACAACUCGGCCGCUUGUCAACCUUGAAACACCUUUGUGGCCAGCUCGCACCUAACCAUGACCUCAAUCGCCCUGCUCUCGCUUGUCCUACUACCGCUCCCUCUUAUCAUUCCGUCCACCGCACGCAACCAGUCAUUACCACAGUUCUACGAAUCACUGCGCGAGUUCCCGUGCCUACCCCCAUCACCCACGCUGCUCGACCGUCUCAGCUAUCUCCUCCACAAAAUCUACUUUCAGUACUUAGUCGCCGGCCCGGGAUACGUGUUGCAGCCUGCAGAGCGGAUAUGCUUUGACCUAUUCAUAAUGAUUCUCUUGGGUGCGACAAUCUGGUGCGCGGUUCUUGUAUCACCCCCGGCGAUCCGAAUGGUCUAUGAGGGAUUAACGAACAGCGUCUUGAGUGGGAAGCAGGGCGCGUUAGUCAGCAAGGCGGACGAAGAGGCGGUUCGGAUAUGGAGUGGGAAUAUGAGUCUCAGCGUUAGGACCAUCUUUGAGGCUGCGAGCGCGGUGCGGAACGCUACGGGACCGUGACAGCGCGUGCCAUGCAAUCUGUGCGGACGUUGGAUGGAAUACCUCAGACAGCAUGCGAAUGUGUGACCCUUAUGCGGGCGGAGGUGUAGGAAUGGAAAAUAUUUGGAUUCCGGCAAUAGAAAGGAUAGCGGGCGGGAACCUCUGCUAUACUAACGAUCUCUAAUCGUCUUCUCUAUUCGUAGUACUGGCAACAGCGCAGUCACCCUUCAACAUACCACGCAAAAUUUCAUUUCAAGCAAAAUUUCCGACAGUUCCACCACGCCAGGGGUCGUGCGGCUCGGCACGAAAACGAGGCUUUUCCUGGUUCCCGAGGCGGGCCGAAUUCGGAGGUACAAUCUUCGGCACGCUUCAUAUAUCAGGUUC